GCGAUGUAAGAAGGGAAAUCAUGGAAGCAGCAGAGUACUUCGCGUCCUGCCAGACUCAGCGGCGGAUCGUCCAAAUUGUGCACAGCUCUGGAAGAUUCGCCCGUAAAGCACGACCGUGCGUGUUCCCUGCGAGCAUAUAAAAGAGAGGCUGAAUCGCUUGUGAGAGCCAGUCCUCGGGUAGCAUCCGUUGAUUACUCUUACCUGCCCUCAGCCCCUACCCCAGGUCGUGAUGCGUCUCUCCAACGUCCUCAGCUCGGUCCUCGCCGGUGCGACUGCCCUGCAAAGCGUAGCAGCCUUGCCUCAGGAUCUGUGGUCGAGGGACACAGCUGCCGCCACCGCUGCUAGCUUUACCGUCAGUCCCAAGGUAUUCAUCAUCAGUAUGUUCACGCCGGAGGCUGAGACAUGGUACGGCAUUCCAGAGUUCGAUCUUCUGGCUAUCAACAUCACGGUUCCUGGCCUGUCCAUGCUCUUCCCCGACGUUCACUGCACCGACGAUGGUGAGAUCUGCCAGCUUACCACUGGUGAAGGCGAGAUCAAUGCUGCAACGACGAUCGCCUCGCUCGUCGUGUCCCCGCACUUCAAUCUGACGCAGACGUACUUUAUGAUCGCCGGCAUCGGCGGCGUGAGCCCCGAGGUCGCCACGCUCGGCUCGGUGACCUUCGCGCGUUUUGCGGUCCAGGUCGCGCUGCAGGACGAGUUCGACGCGCGCGAGAUCCCGGAAAACUUCAGCACCGGCUACGUUCCGUUCGGGACCACGGCGCCGGGGCAGUACCCCACGUCCAUCUACGGUACUGAGGUGUUUGAAGUCAACGCGGCUCUGCGCGACAGGGCAAUUGAACUGGCCAGCACUGCGACACUGAACGACACGGAUGCAGCGGCAGCCUACCGCGCCAAUUACGCCGCAGAUCCCGAAUACGCCGCGGGCGCGAGCGGACCGACGAUCGUCCCCUGCGACGUCGCCACCGCAGACGUGUACUACUCUGGCAUCCUGCUCUCGGAGGCUUUCGCCAACACGACGACACUGCUGACGAACGGUACGGGGAAGUACUGCUCGAGCGCGCAGGAGGACAACGCGAGCCUCGAGGCGUUCCUCCGCGCGGCGAUGCAUCAUCUCGUCGACUUUGCCCGGAUCAUCGUCAUGCGCACGGGCAGCGACUUCGACAGGCAGUAUCCCGGCGAGACGGCCACGCAGCACCUGCUGUAUGACCACCAGAAUGGACACAUACCAUCUGUUACGAACAUCUACUUGGCUGGCGUGAAGAUCGUGCAGGGCAUCGUGAAUGACUGGGAUAAGACCUACGCGGCGGGCAUCACCCCGACGAACUACGUCGGGGACAUCUUCGGGACUUUGGGUGGUACGCCCGACUUCGGGCCGUACGCUUCAGGCGCCCCCGCUACCAAGAGGAGCAUCCAGGCGAGGCGCCGACCGAUGUGAAAAGAUGGUCUGCCAUGGCCGAGGGCUCUGUGGCGGAUCAUAC